AUGUCAGAAAUAACACAGGACAGUAAUGGGUUCAGCAAAUCAUUUGCAAUCACACAUGCUGGUGAAGAGUUUUUUUUACACUUAAUACAAUUUCAAAAUAAACAGAUUUUGAACAUUUCCAUUAAUGGAAUCCUAGAUACAACUUUCAAAAUACCAACAUCUACAAAGACAUCAAUCAAUUAUGAGUCUAUGAUGGACUUAGCCGAAAAUGAUGAUGAAGAUGAGUUUUCUCCUGGAGAGCGAGGACUCCCUGAACCACAAAUGAUAAUAGGAGAUUAUUCUAAUAUGAAAAUUUCUAUUGUGGCUAGUCAGGUUGGCAAACUUAUGUCAUUGAAUUCGCCCCGAGAAAUCAUACUAUCUAUAGGCUCUAAAUGGUUCGGAAAAGGUGACCAAGUUUGUGAUGAUGAUUUUGAAAAAUUAACUUUCAUACUAGAAAAUGUAAAGAGAUUGCUCUAA